CUACCGUGUCAUUCAGUUACGAGCACUUGCCAUUCGUACCGCAGUACGAGUCGUCGCUAUUUCGCCAUGCACAAAAAAUGAUCAGGAUACAGUACGAGCAGUACGAUACUGUAAUGUAUUCCGUUCUUACAACAGACAUCAAAGUAAGAUCAGAAUCAUUCCGUCGAGUAAUCUCGAUUGCGAAAUUGACUUUCUUCCGAAUAGGAACACAAAUAACUUGUUUCUAGAUACGAAAUCAUAAACGGAAACAGGCAAAUUACCACCGGAGCAUUCCUAACAACAAAAGCAAGACCAAUAAUUAAGAAAACUUCUUACUCCUCGAACUUGAAGCAUGGCAGAAUCGAUGGAAAUGGUAGACCAGUGCCAAUCGGUCACGCCUCCGGAGGUUCUGAAUACGAAGUACAAACCGAUNGUGGUAGCUUCUUCGCACGUCAUCAGCACGCCGGGGGAACCUCGAACUAAAAAAAGACUCACGAGUCGUGGUGAAAACCUAGAUUUUGUCGAGGAAAUUCGGUACAACGACGGAAAAAUGCGAAGAACGAAAUACCGUCAUGUUUUCCGCUCCAAAUUAAAUGCACUUCAAAAGUAAUUUUUGCUUAUGGUGUAGCGGUUGCUUGAUAUUAUAGCAGAUUGAUCCAAUUAUUGAUCCAAUUAUUGACUACCUGCACUAUGGAUUAUGUUCGAAAACAAUUUUACCGCUCCAAACGGGAGCCAGGUGGAGACAACGACUACUACGAUGAUCACGAUCAAGUCGAGGAACGGGCAAUUGUUAUUCAUCCUGGACAAGUGGAAGAAGCAACACAUAUAAUCUCGUUUCCGGGAAGAAUAAGUUUAGAAGAAUUGCGAUUUUGGGCCUAUGUUCCCAAUCUCCACGAGAAUACUUUCGAACCGACAGGAUAUACAAAUAAUAACAUAAAGCUAGCAGAUGGUCCAAGUUCUCUCCAAAAUACCCAGGCUAAGACGGAACAAAAACAAAAAGAACGAAGGCGGCAAACGAAUAACUCGUAUGUUGAUAUUGCAGUAAUUGAAAUCCCUUUGGAAUGUCGCUCAGGUCAACAGCCACCAUGUGAUCUGACGAGCAAAGGAAUCGGUAAAAUCGAACACCGAGACGACACCAGCUUUUUAUCGCUCUGCGAUGAAACUACAGGUCGACUUCUGAUAGAUCACGAAGUCUUUCGUGGAUACCACACUGUACUUCAUAUCCCGCCAACUGGAAUGAUGAUGAAAGACCGAAUUAUUGAUCCUAAGGCUAAAUCCAUUCCUUCCUUUCCGUCACAAGACUCGAAGUACGAUGUCCUCAUAGCAAAUUGCGAUCAGCAGGCCUAUGGAACUGGUCGAAACAUUGGCCUCUCAGGUCAGAUAAUCUUCGAGUCUGAUCCACUUCUCGAAAAGGUUAUCUGCGGGGACGAAAACAAAAACAGUGAACAGGGAACACGUUUUUGGUCAACCACACCGGAUUCCUCACGGGCAGAGCACUACUACAAUCACGUUGGAACGAAGCACCAACAGGAAGAAUACGGAGGCGUCCCUCUAGACUCUGUAUCACAAAUGCGGCUUCUAGCAAUGGGCCUGUCGAUAUGCUUCAUUUUCAGUUUAUUGUCCCUCCGAAUCCACAACGGAACGAGGGCUGACUAUUUUACGGCGAGGUUGAACCGAAGGAAUCGAAUUCUAGAAAAUCUAAGUGGCAGUGACGAUGAAGAUACGGAUGACGAUGGCAAUGGCGAGAGAAGUAGUAGCAACUACCGUGACAACGUUAACAUACCUCUAGUAUGAAAUGGGAAGUAUUGUCAUUUCGACGCUUAACUUUCUGAAAUUAUCGAAAAAUACUACUUCGUAUUAUUCACUUCUUGUACUUAUUUUUUUCGAAGAAUGCUUCAUUGAACGGAAUGUGUAUCAAUUCUUUGUAUCCCAUGCUAUUUUUCCUAAAAUCAGAUCUCAGGAAUUUUUUUCCCAACAUCAUACUUUAAUGUGUACGACUGUACCUCACCUGCAUGAUGUUCUACCGUACUAAUUAGAGCUACUAACAAGUACGGGCCCCAUAACGGCAAGUUAUUGGCAAUUCCCCAGGUGUCAAUUUUUUUCUCAUUUUCCCGUAUUUAUUUCCCCUCUCCCCCCAUCCACACAAAAAAAAUUGAAGUCCGAAAAUAUUUCUAUUCCUGGUCCUUACUACUAGGAAUAUCAAAUCAGUGCUUAUCUCGAAUAUUAAGGACCACUAAUAGAAAUAUUUUGGGACU